AUGGAAGACUCUGGAUGGAACCGUCCCGACCGCCCCAGCAAAUGCACAUUCGACCCGAAUAAUAAAGAUGCUGUCUCACCGCACCACUGCGAGCCAUUCAAGCGGAAACCCCUGAUCGGCUCAUCUAUCCUUGAUGUCAUCGGAAACACCAGCCUCGUUAAAAUUAACAACAUUGUCAAACAGGAUGACAUUGAAUGUGAAGUUUUGGCCAAGUGUGAAUUCAUGAAUCCUGGUGGCAGCGUGAAGGACCGAAUUGCCGUCAGAAUGAUCGAGGAAGGAGAGAGAGCGGGCAUCUUCAAACCCGGUGACACGCUGAUAGAGCCGACUUCCGGGAACACGGGUUUGUCCUCCGAGAGGCCUCUACUCGUUUUUAGACCAUUUUGUAUGAUUGGGUGUCAAGUAUUGUUUGCUCUAAAUGUACAAUGA